AUGGCUACCUACAAACAAAAUCCAAUUAGAAUUCAAAGGCACCUCGCGUCUAGUGACUCUGAAGAAAACUCUGCUUCAGAAUGGUUUGUUUUUGGAGCCAGAACUGCGAAAAGAGAGCCGCGUCCUGUUCAACUGUCUCGUAAUAAUACUACAAACACUGUCAGUGAAGAUGACGAGUGGCACAUGUUGAGCGACGAAACAAGCCCCGUUGACGAAAACUCUUCAGUUCUUGAGGGAAUAUCUGAUGUUUCAAGUAGUGGUAGUGGGUUUAAUUCCGAAGUAGAAGUAGUCGUGAACGAGAGCCAUGAUAUUGUUCAAAGGUCCCCGACUCCGAUACGUUUUACGCGUCUUAUGCCUUCACAUGACGGAACGGGGGAUUUUUCUAAUCCCACAGAAUCUAAUGUAUCAAUUUCUCAUCCGAAUUCAAGUAUGCCUAAUUCACUCCAUGGAAAAAUAAACUCAAAACGACGUGAAUCAGUAGGUUCCAAUGAGCAAUCAAAAGACAAUAGUAGUAGAAGGUCGGGAAUUUUCAAAAAUGAAUUAACUACACUCACUCUGCGCGUGCUGGAAGAUCCAAAUCUGGCGUGUCAAGAUAGAACUUCUUGGAACAAUUUUCCGAAAACCGAACCAAUUUCAUCAUCAGCUGCCGCGUCAUCAUCUGCCAAAUCUACUAUUAUUACUACAACCAAUAACAACGCUUCAAGUAGUAGAGGGAAUUCUUUGAAUUAUGCAAAUUCACGUCGGCCAUCUUUUACCCCACUAUUCGAUCUUUCUGUUUCUGUUCCUUCGGGGCGGAAUCACGAGCAUCAUGACACUCGAUAUUCAGAACAUAAUUCUCCCAAUAUAUCUCGGCUGGCAAACAACAUUAUGAAUUCAAGGGAGGCCUUGUCAAUCAAUUUUUUGCCGACAAUAGACAAAGGAACUUUUAACGAAAUUCUCACCAAUAAGAAUGAAAUUCCGUCGAUUCUUUCCGCAGUUUGGAUGUCAUUCUGUCGAUUCACUUCAAAUAUAAUAAACGCAGAUGUAGAACUAUACAAUGAUAUUUCGCUGGCUACAGCAAGAUCGCUUGAAUCCUCAAAUAAUAAUUUCGGUGGUGGCCUGGCAUCAAUAAUCGCGGAAACAGGGGAAAAUCGGUAUACUUAUGACGCUUGUUACCUUCCUUUUGGAAACCACUUGACGUUCACGGAUUUAGGAUAUUUUCCAUUGGGUGAGAGGGAUAAUAUUUUCUCACAUAAACAUCAAUCAAAUGUCAAUACCAAAUCGGAGGGUAACUUGAAUAGAAUUCGAGCUCGAAAUUUUUUCAAUCGAUGUGAUAAUACUGGUAGUGAUUGUGGAUCAGAAAGUAGAUUAAAACCUCGAUCGAGAUCUUUGAGUUUGAGAAACUUUUUCAAUCGACGUAAUAGCAGUGGUAGUGAUUGUGGCUUAGAAAAUGCCAGAGUGGUAUCAAAUACUAUUGAGCAUCCUGUGUAUGAACAAGAAUGUAUAUGA